GCCAAUCACAGAGGCUGAUGGGAAAGUGACGAUUACAACGGUGAGAGAAGGAGGGACGAGUGUCCUCCAUUUUGUGGGUCUGGUAAUAGCGACCAAAGCGAGGGAAACUGCGGGCUGAAACUCCUGGAACAGAGCGGGGAUUUUGCAAAACACAUUUCUUCACAAAUUUGCAACAUGAGUGGAGUGAAUGUGAAGAAAUUAAAGGUCAACGAGCUGAAAGAGGAACUUCAGCGGCGAGGCCUAGAUACCCGUGGCCUGAAAGCAGAUCUUGUCGAUAGGUUGCAGGCUGCACUCGAGGCCGAGGCCGAGGCCACAGGGGAGGGGGGCGGUCCACCGGUGGGUCUUGCUGAGGGGUACGGCAUCGGUGAGGAAGCUGGAGAAGGCGACGAAUAUCAGGACGAAGAUGAAGAGGAGGGUGGUGAAGAGGAGGAAGAUGAGGACUACCCCGAGCAGCAGGAAGAGGAGAACGGUGACGGAGGGGACCUGGAUGGAGACGAAGCCCCUGAAAUGGGUUACGGGGUGAGCAACUACCCUGCUGCUGAUGUGGACCAGCCCGAAGUAAAACGGGAGGCUUACGACGAGGACCUGCUGGAGCCAGAGCCCGAACCAGAGCCAGAACCGGAGGCGGAACCAGAACCGGAACCGGAGGCAGAACCGCAAGAGCCUGAAGUGGUAACACCUGAGCAAAUGGAAGACAAGCCAGAGCUCGACAUAAAAGAGGAGACAAAGGAGGAGGAGGAGGAGGAGGAGCCACAGCAGCAGCAGAACCAGGAAGAGCCACAACCGGCCAAUGAGUGGGGAGCGUCUGAAGCUCCGGAUGCAGCUGAAGUUAAAGCUGAAGAUGACAGACAGGCCUCUUAUGGCCGCAAGAGACCCUAUGACGAAGGCCGGGGCCAUGGGUACUACGAGCACCGCGAGGACAAGAGGUCGCGCUCGCCUCAACCCCCAGCAGAGGAGGAAGAGGAGGAUUUUGAUGAUACUCUGGUGGCCAUUGACACAUAUAAUUGUGACCUGCACUUCAAGGUGUCCCGUGACAGGUACAGCGGGUACCCGCUCACCAUCGAGGGCUUCGCCUACCUGUGGUCCGGAGCCCGGGCGUCCUACGGCGUCAGCAAGGGCCGCGUCUUCUACGAGAUCAAGAUUAAUGAAGAGAUCUCAGUCAAGCACCUGCCCACCAGUGAGCCUGACCCUCAUGUGGUGCGAGUGGGCUGGUCCCUGGACUCCUGCAACACACAGCUGGGUGAGGAGCUUUUCUCCUAUGGGUAUGGAGGAACAGGGAAGAAAUCCACAAACUGCAAAUUUGAGGAUUUUGGGGAGAAGUUUGGGGAGAACGACGUCCUGGGCUGUUACUUGGACUUUGAGAGCAGCGAGGACGUGGAGAUGGCCUUCUCCAAGAACGGGAAGUGGCUGGGCCCGUGCUACCUCCUGAAGCGGGAGGAGCUGGCCGGACGGCCCCUCUUCCCCCACGUGCUAGUCAAGAACUGCGCCAUCGAGUUCAACUUCGGCCAGAAAGAGGAGCCCUUCUGCCCCCCUGCCGAGGGCUACAGCUUCAUCCAGGACGUCGCCCUGGAGGACCGGGUCAGGGGUACCGUGGGACCCGCCACCAAAGGCGACUGUGAGAUCCUCAUGAUGGUCGGCCUGCCAGGCGCUGGGAAGACCACCUGGGCCAUGAAGCACGCGGUGGAGAACCCCGAGAAGAAGUACAACAUCCUGGGCACCAACGCCAUCAUGGAGAAGAUGAAGGUGAUGGGCCUGCGUCGGCAGCGGAACUACGCGGGCCGCUGGGACGUUCUGAUCCAGCAGGCCACGCAGUGCCUGAACCGACUGAUCCAGAUCGCAGCCCGCAAGAAGCGCAACUACAUCCUGGACCAGACAAAUGUAUAUGGAUCAGCCCAGAGACGAAAAAUGCGUCCUUUUGAAGGUUUUCAACGCAAGGCUAUUGUAAUUUGUCCCACGGACGAGGACUUAAAAGAGCGAACGUUAAAGCGAACUGAUGAGGAAGGGAAGGAUGUGCCCGAUCAUGCUGUGUUAGAAAUGAAAGCCAACUUUGUGCUGCCAGAGGCCGGCGAGUUUCUGGACGACGUGAGCUUCGUGGAGGUUCAGCGCGAGGAAGCCGACAAGCUGAUCAAGCAGUACAACGAAGAGGGCCGCAAGGCCGGCCCCCCUCCCGACAAGCGCUUCGACAACCGGCCGGGCGCUUUCCGCGGCCGCGGCGGCGGGGGAGGCUUCCAGCGCUACGACAACCGGGGCGGCCCCCAGGGAGGCCGCGGCGGAUACCAGAACCGUGGCGGCGGAGGAGGAGGCGGCGGCUUCCGAGGGGGGUACAACCGUGGCGGCUACAACCAGAACCGCUGGGGGGGCAACCACCGGGACGGCAACUCAGGGGGCCGUGGCGGAUACAACCGCAACCAGCAGUCCGGAGGGAGCUACAACCACAACCGCCCGGCCCCGUACAACAAGGGAGGCAGCGGGGGAGGAGGGUACAGCCAGACGCAGCCCCAGACUUACAGCCCGGGCUACAAUCAAGGCUACAACCAGGGCAACUACAACCAGGGAUACAACUAUGCCAACUACGGGCAGUACCCAGGGUAUAGCCAGAGCUACAGCCAAACCCCAGCUACCACUGGACAGACGUACAGCCAGCAGCAGAACUACAACCAGCAGUACCAGCAGUAUGCACAGCAGUGGCAGCAGUAUUACCAGAACCAGAGCCAGUGGAACCAGUACUACGGGCAGUAUGGGAACUACGGCAGCUACUCUGGCCAGGGCACGCAGGGGACGCAGGGCUCCCAGGGCACGCAGUAGUGCCCCACCCCCCACCCUCCCGACGACGCAUGGUGGACAGACCGCAUCCCUUCAAGCAACUUCCCCUCUGUCCUGUGACCCCAGCCCCCCUCCAUCUCCCCCUGAUUCAUGUAGUCCCCCACCCCCCUGUCAAGAUUGUCUAGCUUUUUUUUUUUUCUUUGCCUUAAAGCUUCCAGCAUUUCUGUUCAUGCUGCCGACGGUGUGUAUUUUAGCUACGCUAGGUCCUGCAUUCAAAUGGUAGAAACAUGCAGCUUGCUUCUAGCCUGUUUAACAUGGGGAAACAUGCCCUCGAUUGGGCUCCAGCAUCUUGUGACAUUGUAGGAGCCGAUUCCUGCAGUACAUGCCUGUUGUAGAGGAAGUGUUUCAUAGUUUAAUUAAUUUGGCUAGGACUUGCACGUGUAAUCUUUCAGCAACUUUCUUUUUUUCUUUCUUUUUUUUAAGGGGGAUGGAGGCAUUUGUUGACCGAUCCUUUUGUUUUAAGCAUUUCCCCUUUUCAGUUAAUUUUAGGGGUUAGUCAGUAGAUCAAAGAAAUGCAGGUUUUUAAAAACAUACCUACUAAUACAGGUUUUCGCCCAGGUCGUUUGAAAUCUGUCUUGCAUCUUCAUGGGUUUUGAUUUGAUAGUCAAACUUUAGGUUAAUUUGAAAUGGGAGUCUGAGAAGACUAACAUUUUAGUUAGUACUUUUUGUGUAACUUAUCAACUUAUUUUGUGAUUAAGGCAAAUUUGAAGCCAUCAAAACAUUUUUACUAUUGUUUUGCUUUUCCUUUUAUAAUGUACCAUUUUAAAGCUGUUAAUAAUUCAGUCAGAUGCGUAUAUAUCUCCCUUUUCCCUCCAGAUUGUUUUGCAAGUUUUGUGGUCAUUAACAGGUUUCGUGUGUUGUGUAAACUUUUUUAUACCAUGUCUGUAAAACUGUAUCUGCACGUGGUUCUGUGUUUAAUCAAAAUCCAGACACUUUUGUAUUUGAGAAUAUAUUCGGAUGACUCCAA